UGGGAGGGAAAGCUGGGGGGUGGACCGCGACCUGGGCUUCCUCGCGCGCGCGAGGAGCGGCCGUUGGAGUCGCGCGCUUCGCCGAUCCCCAGCUGUGCUGGUGCGCGCAUGCACGAAAGUCGGGUUCGCCGCCUUUGAAGUGGCCUGAGGCGCACAUGGUACUUCCUGUCCCGAAGAAUGGAAAGCUUCCAGCUCCAGCCGACUCUGCCGCGAUUCCCUGCGCGCUGCUUGUGCUCGCUGCUCCGCUAACGAUGGACUCAUUCCACUUUCGCCCAGGCGGAGUAGAGCAGUGCUAAUAUGCUUCGGGAUUAAAUGGUUCCUACGCGUCGUCAGCACUACUCACCUUGUACUGCAGUUUCACUUUUCGGAGAAGGAAAAACCUCCCUGCCAGCCAAGCUAAAGUACCCUGUCCAGGCCCUCCUGUGAAACCGUGGACUUUCCUCCCUUCCCCACCCCCUUCCCUUUCCCUUUUCCACCCCCCGACAGUAAAACUAUUCAACAAGUUGUGUUUGGAUGUGCAUUUGUCAUGCAGGGGCUACUGGAACGGGGCUUUGUGCUUUUCUCCUGCUACACAGUCUGCAGGUUUUUAUUCGCCGAUUCUCUACCCAUCUUGACUGAAGACCAUGUUGGAUCACUGCAGGAGAGUGAACUUGAAAACGUUAUUCAUGUACGGAGACGUAGAGAAUCUGGGGAUCCAUACUGGGCUUAUUCAGGAAACUACGGACCAAAAUAUUGGGCCACAUCUUACAUCAGUUGUUCUGGUGUCAAUCAGUCCCCAAUUGAUAUUGUAGAUCAUAAGACACGUGAAAAAGAUGACCUGCAACAAAUCCGUCUUGAGGGUUUUGAAACAGAGUCCUCCAAUAGAACGCGAAUGAAGAACACUGGAAAGACAAUUGCUGUGCUGCUGAAGGAUGAUUAUUUUGUCAGCGGAGCUGACCUUCCAAGCAGACUUAAAGCUGAAAAGCUGGAAUUUCACGGGGUCAGAAUCGGAGUCCCCAGGUUCGGAGCACGCCUGGAUGGAAAAAGAUAUCCAAUUGAGAUGCAGAUUUACCUUUCAAACCCUGACAGUGAUGAUGUGGAUCUGGCAUCCAGAAGAAAUGGUGUUGCAGGAGCAAUGGCUAUAUUCCUUCAGGUCACCCACCAGGACAACCUUGCACUGGUUCCUAUUAUCAGAGGUUUGAAGGGAGUCGUGCAUCAUGAGAAAGAAACUUUUCUGGAUCCCUUUAUACUAGGACGUUUGCUGCCAGCCACACUUGGGAGUUACUACAGAUACUCUGGCUCUCUGACAAAGCCGCCAUGCGGUGAAAAUGUGGAAUGGAUAGUCUUCAGCAGGCCUAUCUCUAUCUCCCUUGAGCAGCUGGAUGCCUUUUAUUCCAUAUUUACAACUGAACAACAAGACCACGUCAAAUCAUUAGAGUACUUAAGGAACAACUUUCGCCCACAACAGAAUCUGAAUAACAGAGUGGUCUACAAGUCAGUAGUCAAAGGCUCCUGGAGCCAAGUGACUGAGAACCCUGGGAUCCUACAUAUUACAGAAGUGUGCAGUAGCCCGCCAGUGAAUAUGACCGUGCAACCUGUGAACAGGUCUGCUUUACUUGUCACAUGGAACAGACCAGAAACCAUCUACCACCCUCCGAUUAUAAAUUAUCUAAUCUCCUAUAGCUGGACAAAAGAUGAAGGGGAAAAAGAGCAAACAUUCACCAAAAAGAAUGAUCACAACCUGGAAGCGAUUAUCAAUCAUGUUUCCCUGGAUAAACUCUACCUGUUUCGUGUUCAAGCUGUAUGUCAGAAUGAUCUGCGAAGUGAUUUUAGCCAGACAAUGCUAUUUCAAGCUAACACAACUAGGAUAUUUGAAGGAACCAGGAUUAUAAAAACAAGAAUGCCUACAGCCUCUCCUGCUGCUUCAGCUGACAUGGCACCAAUCAGCUCUGGGUCAUCUACUUGGACUUCUUCUGGUCUAACUUUGCCCUUUGUUUCCAUGGCAACUGGCAUGGGCCCUUCAUCCAGUGGAAGCCAGACUACUGUAGCAUCUGUGGUAACGAGCACUUUGCUUGCAAGUCUUGGGUUUGGUGGUGGUGUUGUUCCUUCCUUUCCUAGUACUGUGUGGCCUACACGCCUUCCAUCUGUUUCUUCAACCACUAAACACCGAGUGAGAACUGUUGUUUCAACGACUGAAGCAUUGUCAUCCCCAGGCUCAGAGGGUGGCUCUGCAGUGAACAAAACUGGUGAGGCAGAAGGUGAAGAUGAAAAGAAAGACAAUGAAGGUGAGAAAGGAGAGGGAGAAGAAGGAGAGGGUGAUGAAGAGGAAAAUGAAGAAGAAAGAAGUUCAGGGAAAGAUGUUAUAAAAAAAGAGGACAAUUUUGUGAAUGUAACAACAACUGAGACACAAAAUGAGACUGAAUCAGGGACAUCACCUGAAGGUUCCAGUGGUCUAACUGAGAAAGAUAUAAACCCGACCAGUGAACUAGACCUUUCAAACACAACUGUGAGUCAGGAAAAUACCACCUUUCCACAAAUGACAAUUGAACUGACGCAGAUGCUAUCCAAAGUUGCAACAACGGAAGGUUAUCCAGUUCGAAUUCCAGUCAAUCCAACACCUCCUUCAAAAACAUGGAACGAUGUGGGACGAGAGAAUUCAGCUGAAAACACAUUUGUUAUGGUGGAUCCAGAAGAUAGGUCCUCCUCCAGUAUGGCCACACAACCAUACUCACCGUCCAGUAAGAUGGAAUGGAUAAUUCCAUUGGUGGUUGUCUCAGCAUUGACAUUUGUCUGCUUGAUUCUCCUCGUGGGGGUGCUAGUUUACUGGAGAAAGUGCUUUCAGACAGCGCACUUCUAUGUGGAGGAUAGCAAUUCACCGCGGGUGGUUCCUAAUGAAAGCAUUCCCAUUAUUCCAAUUCCAGAUGAUAUGGAGGCCAUUCCAGUCAAGCAGUUUAUAAAGCACAUCAAUGAACUGUAUAACAAUAACCAGCAUGGAUUUUCUGAAGAAUUUGAGGAAGUCCAACGGUGUACAGCCGAUAUGAACAUCACAUCAGAGCAUUCCAACCAUCCAGAUAACAAGCACAAAAACCGAUACAUCAACAUUGUAGCAUAUGAUCACAGUAGAGUUAAGCUAAGGCCAAUACCAGGAAAAGAUUCAAAGCACAGUGACUACAUUAAUGCCAAUUAUGUUGACGGUUACAACAAAUCAAAAGCCUAUAUAGCUACACAAGGACCCCUUAAGCCUACUUUUGAAGAUUUUUGGAGAAUGAUCUGGGAACAGAAUACAGGAAUCAUUGUUAUGAUUACAAAUUUAGUGGAAAAAGGAAGACGAAAAUGUGAUCAGUACUGGCCAAGUGAGAAUAAUGAAGAAUAUGGCAACAUUAUUGUCACCCUUAAGAGCACAAAAGUACGGGCAUGUUGUACUAUACGUCGCUUCACCAUAAGGAACACCAAAGUUAAAAAGGGACAAAAGGGAAACCCCAAGGGACGUCAGAAUGAACGCAUGGUUAUCCAGUAUCACUACACUCAGUGGCCUGACAUGGGGGUACCAGAGUAUGCACUUCCUGUACUCACCUUUGUAAGAAAAUCAUCUGCAGCUCAAACACCAGACAUGGGACCAGUGGUGGUACAUUGCAGUGCUGGUGUUGGUAGAACUGGAACAUACAUUGUGCUUGACAGUAUGUUGAAACAGAUAAAAGAUAAAAGCACAGUUAAUGUUCUAGGUUUUCUCAAACACAUCAGGACCCAGAGGAACUAUCUUGUCCAAACAGAGGAACAAUACAUUUUUAUCCAUGAAGCCUUGCGGGAAGCAAUACAUGGAAAAGAGACAGAAGUACCUUCCACUCAGCUACAUGGUUACGUCAACAGUAUUUUAAUUCCAGGUCUAUCUGGGAAGAUGAGGCUCGAGAAGCAGUUCAAGUUGGUAACUCAGUGUAAUGCAAAAUUUAUAGAGUGCUUCAGUGCCCAGAAAGAAUGCAAUAAAGAGAAGAACAGAAACUCCUCAGUUGUGCCAUCUGAACGAGCUCGGGUAGGCCUCGCACCAUUACCUGGGACCAAAGGAACUGAUUAUAUCAAUGCUUCCUACAUCAUGGGGUAUUACAGAAGCAAUGAAUUUAUUAUUACUCAGCAUCCUUUGCCACACACAACAAAGGACUUCUGGCGAAUGAUUUGGGACCACAAUGCACAAAUUAUUGUCAUGUUACCAGAUAACCAUGGACUUGCUGAGGAUGAAUCUGUGUACUGGCCAAGCCGAGAAGAAUCUAUGAAUUGUGAAGCCUUUACUGUAACCCUUAUCAGCAAAGACAUCCUGUGCCUCUCUAAUGAAGAGCAAGUUAUCAUCCAUGAUUUCAUCCUGGAGGCAACACAGGAUGAUUAUGUACUGGAAGUGCGUCACUUUCAGUGUCCAAAAUGGCCCAAUCCAGAUGCUCCUCUCAGCAGCACCUUUGAACUUAUCAAUGUAUUAAAAGAAGAGGCCUCAACCAGAGAUGGACCAACCAUUGUUCAUGAUGAAUUUGGAGGUGUCUCUGCUGGGCUGUUUUGUGGCCUUACCACCCUGUCACAGCAAUUGGAGUGUGAAUCUGCUGUGGAUGUCUACCAGGUUGCAAAGAUGAUAAACCUUAUGAGGCCAGGAGUUUUCACAGACAUUGAGCAGUAUCAGUUUCUAUAUAAAGCAAUGCUCAGCUUAAUCAGCACAAAAGAGAAUGGGAAUGGCCCCUCAUCAUUGGACAAAAAUGGCACCAUCAUUAUCACUGAUGAAUCAGACCCAGCAGAGAGCAUGGAAUCUCUUGUGUAAUAUGAAGCUUUUUGCAAAUGGCACUUCAUUUGAAAAAUGUUUAGGGACUGAAUGAACUUUUGAGGCCUUUUUUUGCCAGGUUCCAAGUUUACUGAUAACCUGACUGUGCUUUUUACAGUGAUGACAGUUUCAAUGUUUUAACCGUUCUGAAUCUUAUUGUUAUCCUGCUGAGUAUUUGCACCUCUUAGAUUCACAAAAUGAAAUCACAAUUCAUUCUAGUUUGCACUAUUUGACCAGUGUUACAGCCUGUUAAGACCUAGGACAAAAUCCCAAAAAUCCAUAAAACUAUACUGUCUGCAAUCUUUUAUUAGCUGUGUGUCAUAGGAAGAUGGAAUUUGUGUUUAGAGACAGCUUUACAGUAAUUUUGCAAACAAAAGCAUUCUACGUUUUGGUUGCAGAUUAGCUCAGAUGGAGCCUUCCUUUAUGCAUAAGUGGUGUACUUUUGAAUAUCAUUUAAAGUAAUACAUUUACAUGAGCCUGGCAAAUCUUUGUGAAAUACCUGUGAUGCAACUUAACAUUCCAAUGAUGAGAGUAUAAAAAUUCAAAAAAAACUAAAUACAAAUUGGAUUACUGUGUGCCAGGGUAUGGAUAUAGCAAUUAAAUUAUCAAUUGCUAAUGUUAUAUUUGUAAUGCAACAGACUGUAACUGGAGAUUUAUGGAGAAAAUAUUGACUUUUUGCAUAUAGCAGAAAAGUAAUAAAUAUCUUAAGGGAAACAGUCAUAUUGCAUGUAAGGUGCAGAAUUACUAAGUCCUUUGAAGGGUUAAUAUAAACACAUGCAGUUGGUUUCUUUUACAAGGAUGUGAGGACUAAUAUUACAAAAUACAGAUUAACAUGUGCUACUGCACAUUACAUAGGUCCAAAAAUGAGGAAACAUCUGAUAAUAAAGUUACACCGUUACUCAUAUGAAGGCUGCACCAAUGAUGUAGCAUAUUUGCCUUCUCAAUAAUUAUCAUUUAAAAAUAUUUUUUUAAAAAAAUCUCAAAUCAUAUAAUGUCAGUGGAACAGAAUUUUUAACUUACCAAAGAUAUAAAGUAGUUCUCAGCAGAAUGUAGUCAUUCUUUUAUUUCCCCCCAGAAAUACGGAUUUAAUUGUCUUAUUAUUUUUAAACUGUCUCGUCAGUCCAGGGUGCACUUUUUUUUAUUUGUAAACUCAAUAAGAUGAAUGUUAAUGUUAGCAAGAUGCCAGUUCAUAUUUUUAUGAACAAUUCUGCUUACUGAAUAAACUUUCACACAGACAUAAAUACCUUAAUUACAAUGUAGAAUCGUAUGGUUUCUCUUUUUAAGGGGUUGUCCGUAUUUGUACAUAAGAUUCAUUUGUGAUAGUCACUUAGUUCUCUGCAGAUAUAGCUUUGUUCUCAUAAAUGGGAAGAAUAUGGCAAUGCUGGACAGAAUUUGCUGUAAUACUUCUCUAUGACAUGACACCCUUAAAGAAAACUGCUACCUGGAAGUAAAAACAAAAGUUUCAAAAUUUUAUGUAUUAAAACAAAAAGAGGUAUUUUCACAAAGUGGGAGACAUUUUCUAUACAAUCUAAACAUUUUGAAGAGGCAAACAUGAAUCAGACUUUUAGGCAAUUAAAAAGCUUGAACUGUUUUCAAGAAAAAACGUACAAAAAAAAAGAAAAAAACUUUUCUCAACAAAGGGGAGAUUAUUGAAUUUUUUAAAAACUUCAUGUUUCUCCAACAUUUGGGGUAGAUGUCUUCAAAAUAAUUUUGUUUCUGCAUUUUAGACAAAUACAUUCAUAGAUCAUAUAUCAUGUCUUGAAAAACCAUAGUCUUUAUUCAUUCUUAAAGGUAGCAGACACAAUCAAAUUGUAAAUAUUUUGUUGCUUUGCAGGCAUCUUGUGGGGACUUUGUAUCUAUGGUAUAUAAUCACAGAAUUUUAUAUUUUCAUAUAAAGCUAAUUUUUUUCUAGUCUCAACUCCUUCAUAGUUUUGUGGUGGCUAUGUGGAAAGCUUAUGUGCAUUGAGUAGUAUCAUGAUUACGGUGUCAUCACAUUUCAAAGGCAUUUAACAUAUAUUACUUCUUGGGGCAGUGAUCGUCAAAGUUGCAGGUAUUUUCAACUAUAUUGUCGGUGUGUGCAAUUGGAAUAGACCUAGGCAGUUGCUGAACAAGUUUGUCUCAUAACCCAUUUGAAAAUGUGGUGUUUUGUAACUUGAAAAAAUCUGCUUUGUUCUGUUGGAAACUAUAGUAAAUUGUUCUAUUAUAGUGUUAUUUAAUAUGUAAAUUGUAUUCCUAUACAUGAAAUAAAGUAUGGGUUUUGAUGGA